UUUAUGUCCCCUUCAAAAAUCAUAAACAUAACUACUAGGAGUAUUAUCUUAAGAUGCAAUUUCCUUUUGAUAGUACUAUAUAAGAAAGAAAGGCAAAACAAAAUAUACUCCAUCAUCAGCCACACUUAAACAUAGUCCUUUUCUUUUCUUUUUUUUCCAUUUUUUUCUCUUAUUAUUCAUUCAUCUAGCUGAUCAAGAAUAUGGAAAAAGAUAUUAUCUCUACUUUUCUUCCUCCAUCAUGCAAUAUUAUUGGAGGAAAUGAAUCCUUCUCUAAUUCCUGCAUGGAGCAUAAGAGACUCAAACUAUUUGGUUUUGAACUUGACCCUUAUCAAAAGGAUCAUCUUAAAGAGGAAUUAGGAGAAGAACAUGAGAGUGUAAAUUCAUCAUGUUCAUCAAUUUCAUCUGGAAGAGAGAAACCUUCAAACAUAAAUGCAAAAGAUGAUGAGACAAAGGAGAAGAAGUUUGAGUGCCAUUAUUGUUUAAAGGAGUUUGUGAAUUCGCAAGCAUUGGGAGGCCAUCAAAAUGCUCACAAGAAAGAAAGGUUGAGAAAGAAAAGGCUGCAGCUUCAAGAUAGAAAGGCCAACCUCAGCUAUUAUCUUCAAGCUUUUCAAAAUAACAACAAUAUCAUUAAUUAUUGCUAUGAUUAUUCUGAUCAGUAUGAAGAACCCCAAAUUAGCUUCAGCUCUUAUGAUCAAGAUUACCAAUUUAACGAAGAGUCAUGUAAGUUUACUCUUACACAUGGAAAGAGAUCUAGAGAGAAUAGCAAGGUAGCAGUAAUGAAGCCAUCAAGUUUUUCCAGUGCAGCUUCUAAACAAAGCUGUAAACCUUUAGAUCUUCAGUUGGGAUUGGGCUUCCAAUAAUUACAAAUGUAGAACUGCUUCUAUCAUAGUAUAGAGCCCCAUGUUUCACCAAUUUUCAAGCUUUUCAUGAACUUUUUACACACCCUGUAAACAUGAAGAAAAGGAAAGAAGAAAGAAGAAUUUACUAAGUAAUUUUUGUUGGGAUGUCC